AUGGACGCCGCCCAUAUCUUCCGGCAAGGUCUGGGGACCGUUGCUCCCCGUAUGAACCACGCCUAUGCACAGCCGCGAAACUUGCGAAAAACGAGGUGUGACCCCACGCUUCCUCGCUGCCUCCCCUGCGAGAGAUCAGGAUCUGUGUGCGAAUACCUCGAUACCGCCAAGGCGCGCAAGAUCAAUCGCCGUUAUGUGAUUACGCUGCAGGACAAGGUCAAAGCCCUCGAGGCUGAGCUUGCCCAGUAUACCGACGAAGAUGGCGAUCAUCCCCCAACAAAUGAAGAAUUGGUUCGUCCAGGAGGCAUGAUUCGGCUGAGCGGCAACGAUGAGACACCUCGCUAUCUGGGACCAUCGAGCGGCAUUGCCAUGACACGGCUGCUCAUGGCCGAAGCCAAGCGGUUUACCGAGUCUAACAAGAUUUCCGAUCUCAUUCCCGAGGUUCGCGCAAGAAGCCAAGCUCGCAUGCAAUCUAUUCAGAUAACCAGCAACAACAGAAAGAAAAGCUAUCCCAUGAUUAGUGAAUUUCCAGCUGAAAGUCUUCCCGCGCGUCAUGUGGCCGACAGGCUGGUAGAGAUUUUCUAUAAGAAAGCUCAAAUUCACUGGCCUGUGCUUCACGAAACUGUUUUCAAAGCAGACGUUGAUGCCGUUUAUAAUGGCGACACGGAUUCGUACAAAAACUUUCUUGUCCGCAUGGUUAUAGCUAUUAGCUUGCAAAAGUUGGACACGCAAUAUGCCGGGUUGGGCGACUCAUACUACAUGGCGGCGAUGAAAUAUGUCGAGGAAAUCAUUCGUCCCAAAGACCUCAAAACGCUACAGUGCCUCGUUCUCAUCGGACAAUACUCACUGCUCACCCCGACGCGAACGCCAGUGUACUAUGUUAUUGGACUCGCUACCAGAAUAUGCCAACAAGAAGGGUUGACAGACGAGAAGACUCUUACUACUACUGGUUACAAUCUGGAUCCACAGACGAUCGACUUGCGCCGGAGGCUGGUAUGGGUAGUCAUGGCCAUGGAGCAUGGCCUUUCGUACUAUCUAGGCCGGCCCAGCGCAUUUGCCGUCAGCAGUGACCGUUUAGAUAUUGCAUUUUUCAGCGCGGCUGACGAUGCCAAUAUUACGCCUCAAGGAAUCUUAGAUGGCCCCCUUAGCACACGGAAGCUCGCGACGAUACACUUUUACAAGAUGUGGGCCCUUCAAACGGAGAUCAAGCGGACUCUUUAUGAAAGGAAGCGGCCAGAGCCUAGAAACGACGACCAUCCAUGGUUUCAAAACAUAGAAAAGGCUCUGCGGGAUUGGAUGGACUCGACGCCGGAAGAUCCUCCGUUUGCCAGACCUUGGAUCUCUGGACAUUACCACCAAUUGAGGGCAUUAUUGUAUAGACCUUCUCCUCAGAUUCCGCAGCCGUCAGCCGGCGCAGCCCAAAUUUGUUUCGAGUCGUCUGCCACCAUCAUUGACCUUUCCCACAAGCAGUUUGGAAGCGAUCCUGCAGACCUGACCUGGGUGUUCCUCCUUUCACUAAACUGGUCCCUUAGCACGCUUCUAUGGACGAUAUCGUAUGCUGAAGUUCGACGCAACCAUCCAAGAGAAGAAGUCGAAGAGCUUGUGAACAAGGCAUUGGAAUCUUUAGACCGAUGCGCAGAGCGUUGGCCGGGGACCACGGUCACGUCUCAACUCUAUACCAUAUUUGCCAAGGCGUGUAUGCAGAGCUACGACGUGCAGGUCAAGCUUGAGAGGGAUCAUUUUUCUUUUAGCAGCCCACCGGCGACAAGCGAGUCUCAGUCUUCGCCCGAAAGCUACUCUCACUCAAAUGCUACCACUCCUCGGCCACUGCCCUAUCUCAACCCUCCGCAGUUUGGCUUUGUUUUUGACUCGUCCCCCGAGACUAUGAACAACUACGUCUUCGAUCCCAAUUACCCUCCCCCACAGCCUACUUUCCGCUCAAACUCCAUCUUUUGCAAUCCUGCCACAGACAAUGGCAGCCGACGCUUCUCUUACUUCCCGCCCGAUGUCACCCACAUGGGAGAGGCUGGUUCAGAAGAUCCUUCGUCCCAUCCGGGCCAGGUACCGGACCAUAUCCCCCACCAUUUGCAAUCGCCACCCGAGAUAUUUCUUCAGGGCGGCAUACCGACUUCGAGACCGGGCUUAUCGCCAUCGGCAAUGGCGAUGAAGCAAACACCGAAUGCUACCCCAAUUACGCCGUCACCGCUUUCGACGCAGACCAACAUGUCGCCACCUCACAAACGGGUUAUUGCGCCGCAGGUGGCCCAGGCUCAGCCGACAUAUGCAGCUGCGCGAAUGGGAGGGCAACCCAUUCACCAGCGACCGCUACCGCCGGCGCCCACGUCCGUAUCCGACUGGUUCUCGCCCCCCUCGCAGUUUAUGUCGCCAUACAAUUUCGUAACGUCCGGCAGUGGAUAUUUUAAUGAAGCCAUGGCUGGGAUGGGUGGGUUUGGCGGCGGCUCACCAGGACCUAGUGGCUUGGGCCUCCACAACAUUACAGCGCAGCUCGAGGCUGGCGGUAUGCAGUUUGGCUAUUCGCCUGGUAGACAGGGCAGUCUUUCCCAGUCACAGCAGCUAGAGCUCAUGGAGGACUUGGAGACGGACGGCGUCAGCGCAAUGGAUGCGUACCUGCAAGAUAACCCAAUGAACGGGAGAGGGUGGUACUGAGAUGUAAAACUGUGUAUUUUUCAUCUUCCUUGGCUUUUCUUUGUCUUUUACUUACUUGCCUUUCGCUUCGCUUCAACACCAUUGACAUUGCCAUCAUUACGGGAAUCUACCGGAUACGACUACUUAGACGAAUUUCUAGCAAGGGAGUACUGCGUUUUGUGUCGACCUUUUAUGUAUGCCAAGUAAUGCUGGAAGAUUUUUUCAGAUGAAGAGUUUCAAGACAGGGCCAGGAAUAGGGAAUAUAUAAACAACUUUCAUUACGAUCUUCAUGAGAACUGUUUGCUAUUUAUUGACUGGACCCAACAAUACCAUGUGUCUCGCUGAUUUUCUUCUAACAAUCGGGAGCCCUAUUCGCAUACUCCAUUAACGAAUUUGAGUUGUGACAAUUAAACAUUUGGGUUUUAAAAUGAGCGACUCGAGCAUGUCUUCCAUUAAGUAAAUAAAGAAAAUAAAGAAAACAAUAAAAAUAGCUUCGUAGACCCAUUUCCGUCGUUCCAUUCCAGUUUUAAAAGAGAUCCCGCCAAUUUCCCUCCCUUCCUUUGCCAACGAAAUGUAUCAUUUCCAAGAAGAGAGUAUUUUUUAUUUUCUUCCUGGAUUAUACAUUAAAUAGUUCCCUUUUUUUUUCUUUUUUUUUUUUUAUAUAUUUUGAUUAGAUUUCUUUCUCUCAGUCUCUUUUUCCCAAUACAUACAUUCUUUCGAAAAGAAUUGGGUGGCAAAAGCAAACUUUGGAAGCCCAAGAGGAGAGAGAAAUAAAGAUUUGGGGUAUAAAUAUGCGUAAAGGAGAGUCAUAAAAUGAUAAGUGCCAAAGUCAAAUGGCCUUUUAAAAAAGAUGUUCGCCCAGGAGAAGAGGCUAACAAAAAGGUAGAUGUGGAAAAAAGGAGUAUCCUCGCAUUUAGAAGACCAAAAGACCCAGGAGGGCUACAAUUAGGAGGCCAAAGUUUUCACUUGGGCGAGAGAGGUCGUUGGAUAGAGGAGGGGGCAGGCUGUUUGUUGGCGAAGGCGGGUUGGCUCCUGUUCCUGACACGCCACCAGGAUUGCUACCACCAGGAUUGCCACCACCAACAGGGGGCGAUCCGGUAGGCCCAAGACCACCAGGGGUGCCACCACCGCCGUUUGUUCCAGUUGGUUCAGCACCGCCGCCAGGAGCUCCAGGGUUGCCUGGGUUUGUUGAGCUUGCUCUCUCCAAUUGACCGGGAGAAGAAAAGUCUGAGCUGGGAGGUGUGACG